CUUGCAGCAAUUUCAAAGAAAGGCAGUUAAAAUGGGUUUCAAUAAUAUGAGCCGCAAGAACUUCGCGUGUUUCGCCGUGACCGCAACCGUGUUGCUGGUGUGCUUCACCCUGGUAUCCAUCUUCUCGGGAUUCAUGCACGAGCCCCAGAGAUUCAAGACGAUGCUGGUGACCAUCGUCCUGGUGUUCUUUUUCCAAUAUCUCAUCCUAGAACCCAUCCGCUUCCUCAUUCUGGGCAUCGAUUAUGCCACCUGGCCGCAGGAGGACCCGCCCUACAAGGCGGAGGAGGGAGUGCCCACCAUGAACCACAUCAGCUACUUGCGGAUCCGGCUGCGCAGUCUGCGCUCCGAGCUCCUGAUCACCGAGGGCCACACGAACGAGCUGCUCAACCAGAGAUACAAACGCAUUGCUGGGGACCUGUUGCUCUAUGGGUCCUACUUCAUUGCCCUAAUGCUGCUGGUGGUGUUGCAGGAGGACCAGGCUAAUUACUUCAACACCUACAACAUGCAGCGCCUCUUCGGGGACAACACCUCGGUCACCUUUGGCCUGUCGCAGGUGUACUUCAUAUACCAGAUACACAGCUAUCUGCAGAUCACCAUGAUCGAAGCCUUCUUCGCGCCGGGAACAUACGGCUACGAGGGCUGGUGGGCCAUGGAGCAGUGGCAGAACAUCGGCGUGGUGCGCCUGCGCCAAGUGCGUCCUGUGGACUGCCACAUUGGACUGGGCACGCCCGAGUGGGACACGAAGACCUAUGCGCCGGAGUGGCGUCUUCCCUAUCACCGGAUGCAUUACACGGAGAAGUUCUGGCGGAUCUACGACCCCUUUGUGCCGGCCCAGUUCGAGCCCAGUUUUCUGAAUGGCCUGCUGCUCAACUACGACCAUUAUGGCUAUUUGCUCAACUACCCGGAAGUCGGUGGCUACGAGGUGCUCAUGAUGAGCACAAAGGUACACUGCAUACAGCAGAUCCAGUACCUGCAGUCCUACGGCUGGCUGGAUAAAAAUACUUCGGCUCUGUUCAUCGACUUGACGAUGUACAACGCGGAUGCCAACCUCUUCACGUUGCUCACUUUGCGCUUGGAGAACACCCCAUUCGGAAUCCAGAUACCCCGGGUGCACGUGGAUUCAGUGAGAAUGCUGGGAAGUGUGGAGUCGAGAAGAAACAUCGAGCUUUUCAUACUCUUUGUACACACCGUCCUGGUCAUCUUGUUCGUCCGCGGUGUGCUCUCGAAGAUCUGGCACAAUCCGGCCGCCGCCCACGAAGCUUGGACCAUGGUGGACUUGACCAUAUGCAUACUGAACGCCAUCAUGACCGUGCUGGUAAUAAUGCGCGACAUCGAGACGGCUACGCUGCUCGAGAUGGUGGAGACGGCCACCAAGGGGCAGUAUCUCGACUUCCAGCGUCCACUGCGCCUCCACCAAAUGCUGUUCAUCGUGAAGGGCUUCCUGGUGUGCAUCACCACCAUGCGGCUGUGGAAGGUGCUCCAGUUCGCCUCCGUCUUCCAGCACUUCACCCAGACCCUCUUCUCCGCCUGGCGAGCCGUGGCCAGCCUGGGUGUAAUCAUUCUGGUCGUCCUCAUGGCCAUUGGCAUCACUUUGGCCGUGCCGAAUGGAAACAACGCCGUGGUCUUCAGCCACAUGGUUCAGUCCGUGGUCACCUGCAUGUGGUACUCCAUGGGCUUUAACGGGGACAUCCGUCCUGCGGAUUUCUUCCACGGAGGUCGCAUAUUGGGUAUUAUGCUCUACCUGGUGCUCGUCUUCCUCCUGGCGAUUAUCCUGAUGAACGUGUUCGCCUCCGUCAUCUAUGACUACUUCAACGAGACGAGCAGGAGCCUAAAGGAGCAGUCCAAUCGGUCGUCCAUCACCUUCCUGGAGUUCCUGCGCGUAGAGUAUGCGGAUCUCUUUGGAGACACCUUUCGCUGCCUGCGAAAGACGUACGACCGUCGUGGACACACUGUUGCAGAGAACGUGGAACUAGAGCUAAAUAGACGGGAACUUAUUAAGUCCAAAAGGGACCACAUAAAGAACCCGCAGCAGCUGAGAGCUCGCCUGUCCACGGAACAGCGAAAUGCCGACUACCGGAUCCGCGGCGAGAAGAUGUUCAAGCUGAUGGCCAUUCUGGACAUCCAGGUGGAGAUCCUGGAACGAUUGGUUUUGGGCGACAGGGAUGGCAAUCUGCCAACACCGCCUGCAUCCGACUCCGAUCCCGAGGACAUGCCGGAAAUGUACCGGAAGCGGCGUCGAUGAUCGCCGUGAUCCACGAUGUGCUCAAAGUCUUUCUAUACUA